CAUCUGGCGUUGCUUCUUCUUAUAAGUUUCGUUCGUCUCGCGAAUUUCGGCGGUGUGUGUGUGUGGAGCCUUUUCCACGUUUUUUCCUCCGGAAAAGAGAUUUGCAAUUGGGCCCCCACAUUGGAGCCAUUUGUGCGGCGAGCAUAAACCGAGCACGACAAAGCAAACAAGGCACAAUAGCGGGUGCACACUGGACGUAAGGUGACCGCCAGACGACGAAGAGCAGCAGUAGAAGACCGGCGAAACGUGGAAGCAAGCAAAAGUAGCAAAAAUGGAGGCACAAAAACUGACGGAACUGUUGCGCGCAACUAUUGAUCCGAAUCCGGAGCAGCGCAAGGCGGCCGAGGAUCAACUGGCCCAGAUACACAAAAUCAUUGGAUUCGUCCCCGCCAUUCUGCAGAUCGUGAUGCAGACGACGGUGGAACAGCCGGUGCGCCAGGCAGGUGCUGUUUACCUUAAGAAUCUGAUCAACAACAGCUGGUCGGAUCAUGAGGCCAAGCCCGGAGAGCCCAUACCAUUCUCAAUUCACGAACAGGAUCGUGCUAUGAUCCGUAGUGCUAUUGUGGAUGCUAUUGUACAUGCCCCCGAGCUGAUCAGGGUCCAGCUAUCUGUAUGCGUGAAUCACAUAAUAAAGAACGAUUUCCCUGGGCGCUGGCCACAGGUGGUGGACAACAUCAGCAUCUACUUACAGAAUCAGGAUGUUAACGGCUGGAACGGAGCUUUGGUGACCAUGUACCAGCUGGUCAAGACCUACGAGUACAAGCGGAGUGAGGAGCGAACGCCGCUGAAUGAAGCCAUGAACCUAUUGUUGCCCAUGAUCUACCAGCUAAUGGUUCGUCUGCUGGCCGAACAGUCCGAGCAAUCGGUGCUGCUGCAGAAGCAGAUCCUCAAGAUCUACUACGCCCUCACGCAGUACAGCCUUCCGCUUGAUCUUAUCACCAAGGAAGUUUUCUCCCAGUGGAUGGAGAUCUGCCGACAGGUGGCCGAUCGUGACGUGCCUGACAGCUCGCAUUUGGACGAUGACGAGCGAACAGAAUUUCCCUACUGGAAAACUAAAAAAUGGGCGCUCCACAUCAUGGUCCGCAUGUUCGAACGUUAUGGCAGUCCAGGCAAUGUGGUUAGUGAAAAAUACCAAAAAUUCGCCGAGUGGUAUCUGUCUACCUUUAGCCAGGGCGUACUGGAGGUACUCCUCAAGAUCCUCGACCAGUACCGAAAUCUCGUCUACGUUUCACCACGUGUCCUCACCGAUGUGCUCAACUAUCUAAAGAAUGCUGUUAGCCACGCCUACACUUGGAAGCUGAUUAAGCCUCACAUGGUAGCCGUUAUUCAGGAUGUGAUCUUUCCCAUCAUGUCGUUUACUGAUUCUGACCAGGAGCUCUGGGAGAGUGAUCCCUACGAGUACAUUCGCCUUAAGUUUGAUAUUUUUGAGGACUAUGCCACACCUGUACCGGCCGCUCAGUCUCUGCUGCAUUCCAUCUGCAAAAAACGUAAGGGCAUCCUACCAAAGGCCAUGGCCACAAUUAUGCAGAUAAUAACAUCUCCGAAUGCGGACAACAAGCAAAAGGAUGGUGCAUUGCACAUGAUUGGAACGCUAGCGGAUGUGCUGCUGAAAAAGGCCCUGUACCGUGACCAAGUGGAGUCCAUGUUAACCACCUACGUGUUUCCGGAAUUCCAAAAUCCUGCUGGGCACAUGAGAGGUCGUGCCUGCUGGGUGCUCCACUACUUCUGUGACGUUCAGAUUAAGAAUCCCCAAGUGCUCGCCGAGAUUAUGCGUCUGACCACACACGCUUUGCUAACUGAUAAGGAGUUGCCUGUCAAAGUGGAAGCGGCCAUCGGUCUGCAGAUGUUCCUAUCGUCACAGGACGAAGCGCCGCAAUACGUAGAGGGGCAGAUUAAGGAGAUCACCAAGGAACUGCUCACCAUUAUCCGUGAGACGGAAAACGAGGAUCUGACAAACGUAAUGCAAAAGAUAGUGUGCACCUUCACCGAGCAACUGCUGCCGGUGGCAACCGAGAUCUGCCAGCACCUAGCCACCACUUUCAGCCAGGUUUUGGAAUCUGAGGAGGGAUCCGACGAAAAGGCCAUCACAGCUAUGAGUCUGCUCAAUACGAUCGAGACUUUGCUCAGCGUGAUGGAAGAGCACCCCGAUGUCCUGCUCAACCUGCACCCGAUCGUUAUCAAUGUGGUCGGACAUAUUUUCCAGCACAACAUCACUGACUUUUAUGAGGAAACCUUCUCGCUGGUUUACGAUCUGACAGCUAAGGCUAUUUCUCCAGAGAUGUGGCAAAUGCUGGAGCUGAUCUACCAAGUGUUUAAGAAGGAUGGUAUUGACUUCUUCAUCGACAUUAUGCCUGCGCUGCAUAACUAUGUAACAGUCGACACUCCAGCCUUCCUAUCAAAUCCCAACAGGCUCUUGGCCAUCCUCGAUAUGUGCAAGACGAUGCUUACUGGCAGCCCUGGCGAAGAUCCAGAAUGCCAUGCCGCAAAGCUAAUGGAGGUGAUCAUAUUGCAGUGCAAGGGCCAAAUCGACUCAGUGAUACACAUGUUUGUUGAGCUUGCCCUGUCCCGGCUAACUCGCGAAGUACAGUCCUCCGAACUACGCACCAUGUGCCUGCAGGUAGUGAUCGCGGCACUCUACUACAAUCCCCAGUUGCUGCUAUCCAUUCUGGACAAAAUGUCGCAGCAAAACAACGAGUCUAUCAGCGCUCACUUUAUUAAGCAGUGGCUCCACGAUACUGACUGUUUCCUAGGUAUUCACGACCGAAAACUGUGCGUCCUGGGUCUGUGCACCCUCAUUUCGCUGGGCGAAGCCAAGCCGCAGGUUCUAAGUGAGGUGGCCGGCAAGAUUGUCCCUGCCCUUAUUUUGCUUUUCGAUGGUUUAAAACGCGCCUACGAGUCUCGGGCUCAGGAGGAAGAGGAAGAAGAGGAGGAGGAGGAUUGUGACGAUUGUGAGGAAGCUCUGUCCAGCGACGAGGAUGACAUGGCCGAAAUGGCACCCGAUUAUCUGGACAAACUGGCUGAAUAUGCCAAAACGAAGGGCAGUGAGGCGGGCUUCGAAGUAAAAGCAGAGAUUAAGGAUGAGGAUGCGGAUUCGGACGGUGAAGCGGAGGAGUCUUUGGGCGACUUAAACGAGACCGGUCUAGAGUCUUUCACAACGCCUAUCGAUGAUGAAGAGAACGAAAGCGCCAUCGAUGAGUACUGGACGUUUAAGGAAGUUAUUACUGCACUUUCUGCACAAGACCAAGCAUGGUAUGCGCUACUGACCUCUAACCUAACACCUGAGCAAGCAAAGGCUCUGCAAGAGGUAGUAGUAACCGCCGAUCAACGAAAGGCCGCAAAGGAUUCGAAACUUAUCGAGAAACAAGGCGGCUUCGCCUUCCCGCAGACCGCAGUGCCCACAUCUUUUAAAUUCGGAUCCUAAUUAACUGAAUUGACCAGAUCACCAGAGACUUGGUUCGAUUUCUGACUUGAAUGUUUCUCAUAUUCUUUCCAAAAAAAAAAAAAAAACAUCAAACAAAAUACAUCUGGCAUGCUGAUGAUGGCUUUUAAGGCAUUCUCUUGGUUUUCGUACACUCCGUGUACCCAUGUAUGCUGUGUCCAUCGCUCGAUUAAGGAUAUCGAUCGGUUGACCGGCGUCCAGACCGCACUAUAUUUAUUGUAGAUUUAUAUUUUAUUUCCUAUUUCUUGGCCCUAACGGCCAACUAAAUUAUGAUAACUUAAGUCGAAAGUCCAUUGUAAAUCUUUGUAUGUAAACAAAACGAAACGAAAAACAAAAACCGUCGAGGACGAGAAGGUCUCAUAAAAUGAGAUUGUGCCCACCAGCACGCCCCCGCAGAACUCCAAAAAGAUGGCACGUAGGUCAGAGAAUGAGAAUUCAACGCAGAGCAUUUCACAUACAUUUUCUUUAUACACACAUAAACACGUAUAUUCUGUACUAAAUGAAGCGAUAUUUUUGAAAAAUAAACAAAAAAAACAUUUUUAACGUUUGAA